AUGGCCAGGAAAUCAUUCUUCGCAUUUCUCAAAGAUCAAAGAACCGCGAUGCCUCCGGUCGUCAAAAUCGAUCUCUCUGGAAAGACCAUUAUCGUAGUUGGCGCCAACACUGGUCUAGGAUUCCAGGCCACCAAACAUUUUGCUACAAUGAAUCCAGAGAGAAUUAUCUUGGCGUGCCGGAGCGAAGAACGAGGACAGGCUGCUUUGGAGAGGCUAAGAAAUGAAACAGGUUACCAGAAAGCUGAGCUCUGGCUGGUCGACCUGAGUCGCUUCUCAUCUGUCACCGCCUUUGCGAACAAGUUCGAAGCUGACGGUGGUCGCCUCGAUAUCCUUGUUCUUAAUGCCGGCGUCAUUCCGGAUAAGACAUAUCGUCCUACUGUUGACGGAUGGGAAUCCUCGCUGCAAAUCAACGACAUCGCAUCCCCUUUACUUGCACUACGUCUGCUUCCUCGCAUGUUACACACGGCUAAAGAACACAAUACCACGCCACGCAUCUGCGUCGUAGCCAGCGAUGUUCAUUAUUGGGCGAAUAUUCCGCAAAAUGUUACGGACGGCAAUAUAUUGGCCACACUCUCAAGCAAGGAGUAUUGUACACCGAGUAACAUGCAGAGCGAACGUUACAAUCUGACAAAACUCCUCAAUGUAUUUUUUACUCGCUCCCUUCAGAGUCGUCUACCAGAGUCGAUCAUCGUCAAUGCCAUCAACCCUGGCUUCUGCGAGUCAGAGUUGCGCCGAAGCCUUACAACUACCUGGUAUAUGGCCUUUGCUGACUGGGCCAUGGUUAAGUUGAUUGGUUACACAACAGAAGAAGGUAGCCGCCAGCUGGUUUGGGCUGCCGUUGGAGGGGGAGAAGAGGAGAAUAGUCUACGCGGCGGCUAUGUAUCUUUUUCAAAGAUCGUAGAGGUCAGUGAUUUUGCGAUAAGCGAAAGGGGCCUGAAAGCGCAGGAGAAAAUAUGGGAUGAGUUGGUUGAUAUCUUGUCCAAAGUCGAUGAAAGGAUUCCGAACGUCAUCGAAUCAUGCUUGGGCAGUGCCUAG